GGUCACUCCGUAGCAGCUACUCGAUUCAAUCUGAAGUGAGGAUGGGUGGCAGCGCCGCCGCUGCGGUCCGCGACCUUCGGCAGCAGGAGCCGUGGCUCUUCGCUCUGACCGUCAUCGGUGCCAUCUACGUCGCCGCCGUCGCGUUCCGCCUCCUCUCCCACCUGGCGCUCUGCCUGCGCCGGCCGCGCGACCUCCGCCGCCGCUACGGCGCCUGGGCCGUCGUCACGGGGCCGACGUCCGGCAUCGGGCGGUCCAUGGCGCUGGAGCUCGCUGGCCUCGGCCUCAACCUCGUCCUCGUCGGCCGCGACCCGGGCAAGCUCCAGGACAUCUCGGACGCCAUCGCCAGGUCCCACGGCCGCGCCGGCGUGCAGACCAAGACCGUGGUGUUCGACCUCGCCCUCGCCUCCACCGCCAAGGGGGACGAGGCGCUGCGGCGGCUGCGGGAGGCCGUGGCGGGGCUGGACGUCGGGGUGCUGGUGAACAACGCCGGCGUGGCGAGGCCCUGCGCGGUGUACCUGCACGAGGCGGACGUGGAGGCGUGGGUGAAGAUGAUUCGGGUGAACCUGUGGGCGCUGACGGAGGUCACCGCGGCGGUGCUGCCGGGGAUGGUGGAGCGCGGGAGGGGCGCCGUCGUCAACAUCGGCUCCGGCUCGACGGAGGCCAUCCCCUCCUUCCCCCUCUACUCCGUCUACGCCGCCACUAAACGGUACGUUGCGGAGUUCUCGAGGAGUCUUUACGUGGAAUACAAGAGCAAAGGAAUUGAUGUUCAAUGCCAGGCCCCGCUGUUUGUGGCGACCAACAUGACCUCCGGCGUGGCGAAGUCCGGGGCCGACGGCGCUGACGCGGCGGCGGCCAAGACCAGCAAGCCCCGGCGGCGGCGGGCCUCGGCGUUCGUGCCGACCUCGGAGGCCUACGCGGCGGCGGCGGCGCGGUGGAUCGGCCACGGCGCGGUCUGCAUGCCGAACCUCGGCCACCGGCUCCAGUGGUGCGUCGCCCGCGCCGUGCCGGACGCCGUCCACGACCGGGCCCGCCUCCGGGAGAACCUCCGGCAGAGGGCCGUCUUCCAGCGGCUGCGCCGCCGGCCGCCGCCUGAUCAGACGAAGGUGGCGGCUGCUAGUUAAUUAAUUUUAACGAUUUAACGAGAGAAGUUGUGUACACUCGUAAACGUUAAUCUAGAUUAAAUUUGAUUGGCUAAAUGCAUGCCAGUAGUGUAGUGCAGCGUAGACACAGCUCCUAUACGGCUGGCCGUGAUGUGGGGCCCCAUUGUAAAGGGCUUUUAGCUGCUCCUCAAUAUCCGUUAGCAUGCUUUGAAAUUAAAUAAAUUAAGUUGUCAAAAAUAAUUAAAUAAAUUCAGCUUUCAACCCAUGCACAUACACUUGGCAUACCUAUUUAAUGUUUUGUAAA